AUGGCUUGCAAUGGCAGCCUGGCACGGUUCCAGGUAGUUGAUCCUGGUCCCGAGCAAAGCUGCUUUGCAGCUCUGAAAGCUCGUUCGAAAACAACCCGUCUCCUCCAGCUGAGCGCUUUCAGACGGGGAUGCAACACCAAGGCAACGCAGGCUGUAAGUCACUGUGAAGCCCUCGGAGCCACACCGUCUGCCGAUUGUGAUGGCAGUUGCAGACCAGGAGGCAAUACUGGUGGAUCAAGGCUUUCUGUCUCUCCAACAACUGUCAAGGAUGAGAAGUCGCAGCAGUCACGCCUCCACCGUUGUAACUUCUGUGACUAUGAAACUGGAAGACUCUUCCAUCUGCAAGCACACAUCAGGGUCCACACAGGGGAGCGUCCCUUUAAAUGCCAUUUGUGCCCUCAGAGCUUCACACUGAAUGCCAAUCUGAAGACACACCUACGCACCCAUACAGGCGAGAGGCCAUAUCACUGCCCUUCAUGCCUUCGGAGCUUCUCGCGAAAAGACACCCUCAAUGACCACCUGCGCAUCCACACAGGCGAGCGUCCAUUUAAAUGCUCUGUAUGCGGGGAGACCUUUGCCGCAAAGUUCACCCUCAAGACUCAUUUGUACGUCCACUCAGGCAAGCGGCCAUAUCAGUGCCCUUCAUGCUCUAAGACUUUUGUGAAUAGCAGUGCGCUCAAGAGGCACUUGCGCACUCACACGGGAUCAGGGAGUGCUACCUCGCCAACAACUACCGAGCAUGAUAAGUCGCAGCAGAGAUGUCGUCUCCGAUGUGACUUCUGUGACUAUGAAACUGGAGAACUGUUAUGUCUGAAAGCACACGUCAGGCUCCACACAACUGCGGGUCCACUUCUAUGCCAUUUGUGCCCUCAGAGUUUCUCGCGACGAGACACACUCAGGAAACACCUACGCAUCCACACAGGCGAGAAACCAUUUCACUGCACUUCGUGCCCCCAGAGCUUCUCGCGAAAAGAAUACCUGAAGGAACACCUACGCGUCCACACAGGCGAGCGGCCAUUUCAGUGUCCUUCAUGCCCUGUGAGAUUCUCACAUAGGUCCACUCUGAAGAAUCACCUACACAUGCACACGGGUGAGAGGCCAUUUCAAUGCAAUUUGUGCCCUCAGAACUUCUUACAAAGGAGUAGCCUGAAUGAUCAUUUGCGCAUUCACUCAGGUGAGCGGCCAUAUCAGUGCUCCUUGUGCUCUCAGACUUUUGUGAUUAGCCGCCACCUGAAGAAGCACUUGCGCACUCACACGGGCAAAUGAUGAUGCCACUGCACCAUCUGCUCCAAGUCUUUUGUGGGGGCCAGUCGCUUGAAAGAACAUAUGGAAACACAGAACCACAAUGACAUGGAGUAGGUCAUCAGCCACAUUGGUGUACUUCUUCUAAUAAAUGCAGUAGGAAUUGACAAUAUGUAGUACAUG